AUGUACAACGGCCAACCUCCCUUCCGACCGCCGGGAAACUUACCUCCCUUCCCACCUAAUAGACCACCUAAUGGUGCGCCUAUGCCCCCUGGGCAAUUCCCACCAUUCCGACCUCCUCCAGCUGGAUUUGUACCUCCUCCCUUCCCACCCAAUUUCGCUCCUGGAUCCAGACCUCCUCCACCGACACUUCCCAUAAGUUCUCCUGGACAAGGUUUCAAUUCACCCAUUCCAGGUGCAACAGGACCCAAUGGAUUACCUUAUCGACCACCUCCCACAGGUCCAGGGAUGGGGGGUUACCCGCCUAGACCUACGCAUCCUGGAUUAGGUCUUCCUCCUCCUCCGGCUGGCUUACCUCAAGCUCCUAGAUUCGCUCAAGAUAUGCCACCAGCAAGUACGGGUGGACCUCCUGGAUUUGUUAGAGAUGUCAAGACUACCAGCGUUUUCGUGGGAAGUAUCGCUUUCGGAAUUGAGGAUGAUACACUAAGGGAUCUGCUGAAUGCUUGUGGACCUCUACAUGAAUUGAAACGGGUUUCAGGAGCGUCUGGUAAACCUCAAGCCUUCGGAUUUGCAGCAUAUGAAAACCCAGAAGUGGUGCUGAGGUGUAUAAGAUGUCUCAAUGGAGUAGAAUUACCUGACUUAUCACCCGAAGGAAGGAGAGAUGGCAAGAAGAAGGCCUUGGUGGUAAAAGCAGAUCAGAAAACGCAAGAAUUCUUGGAGGAGUUCGAAUCGACUCUUGGCAGAUCUGAUAAUGAUGAAGAAGCGGAUGCAGCCACACGAAAAUCUAUCACUCAUAUCGUCGCGUUACUUAUCAAUCCCAACGCACAACAUCCCGAUGCAGGACCUGGACAAGGCGGAGGAGAUUCACCUCUUCAAGUGAUUGUUCCAGCGCAUUUACAAGAUUUAAAGGAAGGUGAUUUACCUGAGAAUCAAAGAGUCGCUGUAUUGGAUCAAAUAUCCAUCUUCCGAGAACAAGCUGCUAAAAGAGAAAAGGAGAAAAAGGUAGCUCAGGAGGAAAAAGAGAGAUUCAAAGCUAUGCAAGCUUCACAAACAUUUAAUAGAACACCCGUAGCAAAUUCAAACUAUGGAUAUGGGAAUAGAGGUUUAGCGAAACAACAACAACAAGCUGAAAUGAGGCAAUGGAACAAUCAAAGCUCUCCUCAUGGCCAACAAACUCCUCUAGGUCAACAACAAUACCAACAGAAUGGCGCUGGACCAAGCAGAGUGAGAGAUCCUCAAGGGUACGAUAAACCUGUCGGAUUCGUAGCUGCACAAUCUGCCGAAGGAAAGGUUGAUAGUGGUAGAACAGAUGAAGAAGAAGAGGAUCUGAGAAGGCAAAGGAGACAGCGAGAAAAAGAUAUUGCUUUGAGAGAUGCCGAACGAAGAGUAGAAAAUCGUGAGAGAAUCAGGAUUGACGCCCUGAAUCGGGAAUUGGCACAACGGAAAGCCCAUCAGGAUCUCAUUGAACGUAACAGGCAUAGACAGGAGGACCAGUAUGAGAACUGGGAUGAUGACGAGGUGAUUGAGAAGGGUAGAGAGCUUUUCUAUGCUGACCGGGCGACAUGGCGUGCUCGACGACAACGGAUUCGACAACAAGAAUACCAAGACGAUGUUCGUGAUCGACAGCAAGAGGAAGAUGAACUUCAAGCUUUAGAGAAAGAAUCAGAAGAAUUCUUGAAGAGACAAAUGGCUGAUAUGGCUGAAUUCGAGAUCGAGCAAAAGGCUAAAGGUUUAUUAACAGAAGACUCUGCUCCUAUUAGGCUGAAUAUUCAAGCUCCAGUAAUUGACGUAAAACCUAAAGAAGAGAAGAAGCCUGUCAUAGCCCAUAAACCUGUCGUAUUAGCUGGGGACGAAGAAGACGAAGAGUCAGAACGUAAAAAGAAGAGGACAUUCAUCAAAUUGGAUGACGAAGGUAUCAACGGAAAUGAUGGCUUGACUGAAGCUGAAAGGAUAGCCAAAAGAAAUGCUAGACUGUUGGAAGUCAGAAAUGCUCUACCGGAAAGUAAGAGGGAAAUUUGGAGAAGGCCAAUUGAUUGGGCUUCAAUAGGCGAGUCUACGAUAAAAGAUAAGAUUAAACCAUUUGUUGAAACCAAAAUCACCGCUUUCCUUGGAGAGUUAGAUCAGGAUUUAGUGGAAUUCGUGCUGGAACACCUGAGAGACAAGAAAGGUUCCGAUGACCUAGUGGAUGGGUUAGAACCCAUUCUAGCUGAAGAUGCGGAAGCCUUCGUUGUCCAGCUAUGGAAGCAAUUAUUAUUCGAGAGUGAAGCUUUCAAACUUGGUCUAAGCACUGGCUCGAUGAUGGUUUAA